CUUUUAACUACACCCUUCAUGCUCUCACUUAGAAGUCCACUGAACAUGUCCAGCUCUCCUCUUUUCCUCUCCCAUCAAACCCUAACCCUCACCAAUGUCACAACCCUCAAACCCUCUCAAACCUCCACUCACCAACAUCUCACUUUCUUCCAGAUUUACCCCCAAAACUCCCCUCAAACUACCCCUAACUACCUUCCCCUCCAAACCCCUAAAGGCCAGCACUCCUGCCUUCAAGACCCUUUCCUUUAACUCCCAAACCCCACCAAAAAAACCCUCUAAAGCUAUAACCAUAAUCUCUCUUCUACGAGCUAUCCCUGACUGGGCUGAUAGAGUAAAAGAGAGAGGAAUGCAAAAAAAGAGAUCUUUGUACAACCAUGAAAAAUGGGUUGAACAUCGAAGUUCUUUUCGCCACGUAAGGCAUUUACUUUCAAGUUUAUCUUCGCGGGUGGUUUUGUCAUUGGUCCCUCCAGUUAUUGCCUUUACUUCGGUUGCUGUGGUUGUAGCAAGUUAUAAUUCUGCUGUGGAAAUGCAUUUCUUGCCAGGUUUUUUCCCUGUUUUAAGAACCUCUUCACUGCCUUAUCAGUUGACAGCUCCUGCAUUAGCACUGUUGUUGGUGUUUAGGACUGAAGCAUCUUAUUCGAGGUUUGAAGAUGGGAAGACGGCCUGGACUAAGGUGAUUUCUGGGACUAAUGAUUUUGCUAGGCAGGUUAUUUCUGGGGUUGAUGGUUCCAGUAAUUCUGCCCUUAAAAGUGAGCUCUUGCGGUAUAUUAUGGCAUUCCCCAUAGCACUUAAGUGCCAUGUUACUUGCGGUUCAAAUAUUGGCCAAGACCUCCAAAAUCUGCUAGAAGCAGGUGAUCUAGCAAUAGUUCUCAAAUCUCGGCAUCGGCCUCGCUGCAUUAUUGAGUUCAUUUCUCAAUGCCUUCAAUUGCUGAACUUAGAUGAAUCAAUGAGAAAUUUACUGGAGUCCAAAAUUUCUUGUUUCCAUGAAGGAAUUGGUGUAUGUGAACAACUCAUGGGCAUCCCCAUUCCACUCUCAUACACUCGCCUAACAUCAAGAUUUCUGGUCCUCUGGCAUUUGACUCUUCCUAUUAUACUUUGGGAUGAUUGCCACUGGAUUGUAGUCCCUUCCACUUUUAUCAGUGCUGCUUCCUUGUUCUGCAUAGAAGAAGUUGGUGUUCUUAUUGAGGAGCCAUUUCCAAUGUUAGCCCUUGAUGAGCUAUGCAAUGUAGUUCAGAGCAACAUUUGGGAAGCAAUUGCAACUGAAAAGGAGAUUCAAGCUCGCCUUGUUGCAAAAAGAAAGAGCCAUUCCUGUGAGCACUCAACAAACGGUUGGCCAACUCCUAAGCAGAUGGAAUAGAGUAAAGAAUAUUCUCAAAUUUGAUCCAGGAACAAGACAGUGAACUUCCAAGAUCUUACAGAGCUUGCCGCUUCCCCUUGUUAUGUAAAUCUCGUAUCAUAAUUGAGCUCCAGCAGUAAAAUAUACACUUAGGAUGCAUUUCCCCCCACAAGGAAUCUCAUAGCAAGUAUAUGUUUCAGUAUAUAGAUCAAUGUUGCAGUAAAUACGCCUGUUGUAUAUUCAAUAACCGUUUGUAGUUUCUUCCAAAUGAUUUGGCUUGAAAGAAACUAACUGGAAUUACCAAUA